CCGGGGAGGACCCCCUUCUCCCUGCAGCAGGGCCCAGGCCUCCCUCCCUCCCUGCACCGAAGCCCCCUCUGCUCGUCCUUCCCCUCCGGAGCCCAGUCAAAGCGGAUUACUGCCGGAUCCCCUCCUCCUCCUCCUCCGGCUGCCCUUCCACCGCCUCCUUCCUCUCGGCCUGGAUGGAACCGGGGGCCCCGGGGCUGCCUCCUCCUCCUCCUCCUCCCUCGCAGCCCCCCGCCUGAGGCCCCGGGAGGCAGCAUGGCCAGCCCCAGCAGAAGAGGAGGAGGAAGAGGAGGAGGAGGCAGGGAGAGAGGCCUGGAGAAGGCGCUGAAGAUGAGCCUCCCCAGGAAGCCCAAGAUCCACUCGGCCGCAGGACCCAUUUGCUCCUCUUCGGGCUACAAGAAGGCGGAUGAUGAGAUGUCCGGGGCCACGUCCUCUGCGGACCAGGAAGAGGCAGCAGCCCGCACCAUUUACUUGAACCAGGCCCAGCAGAGCAAAUUCACCGACAACCGGGUCAGAAAGAUUCCAGAAAACAAAGUGGUUGAAAGUUCCACCUCUGCAAUCCCAGAUAAAAGACACAAGGCAGACAGCACAGUGAACAAAAAGAAAACAAUAGUUUUAAGAAAUGGAAUGUGGCAGAAUAUUAUGUGGAAAGAGGUGGCAGUGGGAGACAUUGUGAAGGUCACCAAUGGGCAGCACCUCCCAGCAGACAUGAUCAUUUUGUCUACCAGCGAACCUCAGGCAAUGUGCUAUAUUGAAACAUCUAAUCUUGAUGGGGAGACUAACCUUAAAAUACGACAGGGGUUGACUCAGACUGCUAGUCUCCAGUCAAGAGAAGAGUUGAUGAAGAUAUCUGGGAAGAUAGAGUGUGAUGGGCCCAACCGCCACCUUUACGAUUUCACUGGGAACUUGCGUUUAAAUGGCCAAAGUCCAGUCCCAAUUGGACCUGACCAGAUCUUACUAAGAGGUGCACAGAUAAGGAAUACUCAGUGGGUUUUAGGAGUAGUUGUCUACACAGGACAUGAUACAAAACUUAUGCAGAAUUCAACCAAAGCUCCCUUGAAGAGAUCAAAUGUGGAAAAAGUGACCAAUAUGCAGAUCCUCAUUUUGUUUUGCAUCCUUCUUGUUAUGGCUUUAGUGAGUUCUGUGGGUGCCUUAUUGUGGAACAGAACACAUGGAGAAGACAUUUGGUACUUUGGAUCAAAUGAAAUGCUAUCUGUCAAUUUUGGAUACAAUCUUCUCACCUUCAUCAUCUUGUACAACAACCUCAUUCCCAUCAGUCUGUUGGUGACUCUGGAAGUCGUGAAGUUUACUCAGGCUCUUUUUAUAAACUGGGAUAUAGACAUGUAUUAUAGUGAAACAGAUACACCUGCAAUGGCCAGAACUUCAAAUCUUAAUGAGGAACUUGGCCAGGUAAAAUACUUAUUUUCUGAUAAAACAGGAACCUUAACAUGCAAUAUUAUGAACUUCAAGAAAUGUAGUAUUGCGGGAGUGACCUAUGGCCACUUUCCAGAACUGGCAAGAGAAUGUUCAUCAGAAGAUUUCACCCAGCUUCCUCCUUCCACCAGCGAAUCUUGUGAAUUUGAUGACCCAAGGCUGCUGCAGAACAUUGAGAGUGAUCAUCCUACAGCAACUCACAUCCGAGAAUUCCUCACUCUCCUGGCUGUGUGUCACACCGUGGUUCCAGAAAGAGAAGGAGAAAAAAUAAUCUACCAGGCCUCCUCUCCAGAUGAAGGUGCUUUAGUUAAAGGAGCAAAGAAACUUGGCUAUGUUUUCACUGGAAGGACUCCUGAUUCUGUCAUCAUUGAUGCGCUAGGAAAAGAAGAGUCAUUUGAGAUCCUUAAUGUGUUGGAAUUUUCCAGUAACAGAAAGAGAAUGUCUGUGAUCGUCCGGACUCCAGCAGGGAAGCUACGUUUGUACUGCAAAGGAGCUGAUAAUGUCAUUUUUGAGAGACUGUCCAAAGAUUCCCAGUACAUGGAGCCAACAUUAUGCCAUCUUGAAUAUUUUGCAACUGAAGGUUUGAGAACUCUGUGCAUUGCAUAUGCAGACUUAUCUGAAAAUGCUUACCAGGAUUGGCUGAACAUAUAUAAUGAAGCCAGCACAAACUUGAAAGACAGAACUCAAAAACUGGAGGAGUGCUAUGAAAUCAUUGAGAAGGAUUUAUUCCUUCUUGGUGCUACAGCUAUCGAAGAUCGUCUUCAAGCAGGUGUCCCAGAAACUAUAUCCACUCUAAUGAAAGCAGAAAUCAAGAUUUGGGUAUUAACAGGAGACAAGCAAGAAACAGCUCUCAACAUAGGUUAUUCAUGCAAGCUUGUGUCUCAGAGUAUGUCUCUCAUCCUUGUGAAUGAAGAUUCUUUGGAUGCAACAAGAGCUGCACUGACCCAGCACUGUGCAAAUCUGGGAGAUUCAUUGGGCAAAGAAAAUGAUAUUGCAUUGAUUAUUGAUGGUCAGACUUUGAAGUAUGCCCUUUCCUUUGAGGUCCGGCAGUCCUUUCUGGACCUAGCACUAUCGUGCAAAGCUGUCAUCUGCUGCAGGGUGUCUCCCUUGCAGAAGUCUGAAAUAGUAGACAUGGUAAAGAAGCACGUGAAUGCCAUCACCCUGGCCAUCGGCGAUGGUGCCAAUGACGUAGGAAUGAUACAGACGGCUCAUGUUGGAGUAGGGAUCAGCGGCAAUGAAGGCAUGCAGGCGACCAACUCCUCCGAUUAUGCGAUAGCACAGUUUUCUUAUCUGGAGAAGUUGUUACUCGUCCAUGGAGCCUGGAGUUACAAUCGAGUGACAAAAUGCAUACUUUAUUGCUUUUAUAAGAAUGUGGUUCUGUAUAUUAUUGAGCUUUGGUUUGCAUUCGUUAAUGGAUUUUCAGGCCAGAUUUUAUUUGAGCGCUGGUGCAUUGGCCUCUACAAUGUGAUUUUCACAGCGUUGCCUCCCUUCACCUUGGGAAUCUUUGAACGAUCAUGCACUCAAGACAAUAUGCUUAGGUUUCCCCAGCUCUACAAAAUUACACAAAAUGCUGAUGGGUUCAAUAGCAGGGUGUUCUGGGGUCACUGCAUCAAUGCCUUGAUCCACUCCAUCAUUCUCUUUUGGUUCCCACUGAAAGCACUGGAACAUGAUGCAGUGUUUACAAAUGGCCAGAACGUAGACUAUCUGUUUGUCGGAAACAUAGUUUAUACGUAUGUUGUAGUGACAGUGUGUCUGAAAGCUGGUUUAGAAACCACUGCAUGGACAAAGUUCAGCCACUUAGCUGUUUGGGGAAGCAUGCUGCUUUGGCUGGUCUUCUUUGGAGUUUAUUCUACCAUCUGGCCCAUCAUUCCUAUUGCACCAGACAUGCUUGGACAGGCAGGAAUGGUCUUGAGAUGUGGAUACUUCUGGCUCGGUUUAUUGCUGGUGCCUACAGCAUGCCUUGUUAAAGAUGUGGCAUGGAGAGCGGCCAAGCACACCUACCAUAAAACUUUGCUGGAGCAGGUUCAAGAGUUGGAAGCUAAGUCCAAAGAGCUGAGAAAAUCUAUGCUGCGUGAUAGUAAUGGAAAGAGCAUGAAUGAACGUGACCACUUGUUAAAAAGACUCGGCAGGAAAACCCCUCCAAGUCUCUUCCGUGCUCAUUCUGUGCAGCAAGGAGUUUCACAUGGAUAUGCAUUUUCUCAAGAAGAAUAUGGAGUUGUUUCCCAGUCUCAAGUUGUUCGAUCCUAUGACACUACAAAACAGAGAGCUGGAGUAGAAUAACAUGGUCCAUUCACCUGAUUGGUGGCUCGAGUAAUAAGAUUGGGAUCAAUGCAUCCACUGUUAAGUAAGGCUGGCAACAGCAACACCGGAAAAACCUUUACUGUGGCCUUAGCCAACGAGUUUGCUAUGUAUGCUUCUUGCAGACCUUGAGUGCACACCAGGGCUAGGGUAUCAUCGUUUGAAAUAAGCCGCCGUGCUCUGCCUAACAUUUGUUCACGUUAUUUAUGAAAUACUUGGCUGUGCUACAUGGGGUGUGAAAUUGAAAACAUUUUGGUUUUGCUUGCCAUUUGAAAAAAGUGUCUGAAGCGAGAGCUGUAGACACAGAAAAGUAAGGAGGUUGUAUGUUCUUUAGAGGCCCGCAUUCGCUUUAAUUCAAAUAAGAGUGCUGGCAUUUCCUGUUUUGUCAUGGCCAGAUUCAAAUGUGCAAAACUGCAUAUACAGUAUGAAACUUUGUAGUACUCACUAUUUAUUUGACCAAAAUGUUCAUGGAAAGGUGGGGGGAGCAGGAAAAUAAACAUUAUCAUGGAGGAUGUAGCAGGGCAAGAAUACGACCGCAAGAGCGGAUAUUGCUAGCUUAUUUCAGAAAGAAUAAGUAUUGUAAGAUAGCAAAUAUAUCACAACAAUGUUAGCUGUUUACAUACACAGGUACACACAUAUACACUUUCAGGCACAAUAUCUAUCCUUGACCCUAGUCAGCUGCAUGGCAGGACAAUGGGUGCUGUUUGCAUGGUGUUCUGCUCAACUGUGCAUCAUGAAACAAUGAUUGCAAUGCAGACCUUUAUUAAUUGCUGGAGUGCAUCUGAACACAGGCUUCUUUUGUAUGUGAGUAACUAUUCUGAUCUAGUUACUAGUCACUCUAGUUACUCUAUCUAAUAUUCUAGUCACUCAGUGUUCAUUUGCCAUCAUCCACAGAAAUAUUCUCAGUCAUAUGUGAAUAAUGCAAAGGAGCUCUUGGGCUCCCAAGAAGAUCAUAUGAAUUUAGGGCAUUCUGUCCCCUUUUGUUCAGAUUCUUCAUACUGACCUUUCUAAAAAUAUUCAAAAACAACAACAACAAAAUAGCUGGUGCCUUAACAUUCUCUGCUUUUGCAAAUGAUGAGAACAUUUGAGAGGUGAAGAAAGGAUCUGCUUUGGACUAUCCUGACCUUGAAGUGGGUGUUUUUUUCCUACAAGAUCAGUAAACAAUGCAUAUCUUUUAUUGUAAAAGUUGAGUAGGUGGGGUGGAGUAGAAGAAGGAAAAAUCUCCUUUCAAAGAAACAAAAUGUAGACUAUGCCUCUUCCCUGAGAAAAUGUACAGGCCAGGGAAAUCAAACAAGAAUGAACUUGAUUUUGACUCAAAGCAUCUCUGUUUCUAUUCAUUACACAGAGAAAUAGCUCAAGGAGCAAGACUUGCUUGUGUUUGCUUUUUAAUCAGCUUACAAAUUCUGGGGUAGCCACUUCAUGGAAAUGGUUCCUAUGAGAUAGGAUUUCAUAAAUAUGCAGAGAUUGUGUUCUUUAAAAUGGGAUUAACAUUCAGGUUGCCAGCUUGCUUCUGACAAGGCUUUAUGACAAGAUGGAGUUUCCUCAGAUAAAGCUUUUUCCUUUGCAUUGGUGUAGUAAUGCAAGGUGGUGGGGCUUGACUUGCUAGAUUUCUGUCUGCCAUGUAGCACAGAAGUCCUGCCAGGAAAAAAACAUUGGCAUGUGUGGUUAGUUAAUCAGCUAAGCCCCUAUUUGCUGGUCCGAAGAGAGUCCACAAGAUAGUUUUUGUUCAAUUCAGGAUUCAUCAUUUUAGUUUUUGAAAGCAUAAGAAAUGGAGGGAAUCCUUGCUGGACUGAUUGGCAAACUUUCUACAUGAUGUGGCCAUACCAUGAACGUGUACCUCAGGAUCAUGCACGACUCUCAGAAAAACAAAAGAUGAAUAGAGUCCUUAACAGUCACAUAGGGGUUAUUGAGAUGGUGAAAAGAAUCCAGGUAGAAUCUGGGUUGAAUAUUUGUUGUUCACAUGUAUUUCAAAUGCAUCUGAUUAUAGUUAGGGGAGGUGGGGAGGUUUGCCAAAAAUCCACUUAAUGCGGGAUAAUUGAUGAUGGGUGGUGGUUUCUGAGUUUUUCUAAAAGAUUUAUAUUCUCUGGUGUUUGAAUAACCAAUGCAAAUAGACCCAGGAUAAACCAGGAUAAAACUCUGUAUGCCUUGAACAUGUUUUGAAUACAUCCACAUCAUCAACUCCAUCUUUAUUUGAGUGCUGACACAUGUGAGCAGCAAAACUCACAGAGAUUUGGCUCCAUAGUUUGAACAACAAACCCAGAAUGCAUGAGAUUAAUCACAUAGUUGCACUAAAAGAAAACUCCUGAAUAACCCCAUAGUGCUGUUCUCCAGGAACGUUCUAUUAAUUCUUGUAACCAGACCACAUCUCUAAAAAUUUAAAUACUGUCACAAAUGUUGUUUUCAACCUCAUUGUUCCAUUUUAUACAUGUACUGCAUAGAAAUUUUUAAAACGCUGCCACCAUGUUUUGGCUUUUGCAGACCACCCUGUGGAACAUAUAUUGAUUUAAGUGUAUCCAAAAAGGUAUUCACAUAUGAAUAUUUAUACUUAUGAAGCCAAAGGAAAACAGCCAUCCGAAUCCCUUCCCAGGCUCAUUUUUCCAGAGGGUUUGAAAUGAAUGGUUGUGUGCCACCAUUCCUUUCCUUCUUGGACUCACCUUUAAGACUCCAAAUUCCCCUUCUGUGUGGAGCACAAAAGAGUUGUGAUCCUUCAUUGUUUGGCAAAGAUUUUCUUGGACCAUAACUGGAGGAUCCUGCAAUUUGUGUUCCAAAUGACAGAAAGACAGUGGUGCAAAAGGGAAACUGGGAAGCAAUUUGCCAACAACCCUGAAUGUCAAGGGGCCAAAUGUCUGUGUGAGGGGGUGUCUUGAUGACAAAGGCAAGGAACAAAAUGAAAAAUCUUAAGAAAAGUGACAAAUGAGGUCAAGGUAAAAACUGAGGCUGCAGCUCCAGGUGCAUUUACAAGGAAUUAGUUUUGAAUUCUGUGGGACUUACUCCUGAGUAAACAUGCACAGGUCACACAGCAAAUCUGUUAGUACCAAUGAACGAACCCUAGUAUUAGAGGCUUUUAUGUUUUUUUUUGUUUGUUUGUUUUUUUAAUUCAGGCAUGACCCAUCUAAAGUUAAGCACCUAGUUAACCCACAAAACAGUGACACCUUUUUUUGGGCCAACUAAAAGCAAAAAAUUAGAAAGGACCCUGUGGCCUCAAAAAGAUCAGAGACAGCCUGGGUCCCAAAAGAAGUUACUUUACUGCUGCUAAUGGGGUUUAAUUUUAUUGACCUUUGUCAAAACUCCCAUUUUGCCAGGAAAGGGAGUGGCUUCUGCUUGUAUUCAGAUCCCUCCACACCAACCUAAUUACAGCAGAAACAUCUACUACAAAAUGUAAGUCUGUAAUUCUAUACAUUAUCACUUUUUUUCUCCUGUAUGAUUUUUAAACAUCUUUUGCCAAAUUAAUGUCUUAUGAUGUGUCUUAAGUACUAUAGCCUCAGGUUACUUACUUUUAUUUCUAGUGAGAGUUCAGGCUUAAUUUGUUCCUAAGAUUGUCUUUUUUGGUGGUAUCCAUACAACUCUCCUCCCUCAUUACAUUUCAAAUGAGUUGAUUCCUGUCAGCAUUCUUCACUCUCCAGCUUUCACAUCCUUACCUAGAAAUUGGAAAUUCCGAUAUAUUUGAUCCUGAUAUUGGUGUUAGUAUCUUUAUACCUGAAGAUCUUAUGUAAGUCCAUUAUAACUUAUCUUCCAAGUCUUACGUGCUUAUCACACUAAUCAGUUCUUUAAGCGGUUUCAUUGGAAAACCACUUCUCCUGUAUUUAGAAAUUGACAUGGCAAUUCACUCUUUUGCAUCAUCACUGUACUUGUGUUUCAGUGAUGUUAGUUCCCAUGUUUGCUUUCUCAUACUCGAAUUACAACCAUACCAUUUAUACUAUCUUGUUUGCUAGCUAUUUCCUGCUCCAUGAUUGGUGUUUCAAAACAAAACAGGAGGCUGGAAUUAUGCAAUUGUAUAAUGACACUACAGGUAUACCUGAGUUAACAAAGUGGAUGUGUUCAUUGGCAUUAUUUCUUUAAGAGAAAAUUUGGUACUACAGGCAAAAAUCACACACACACACACACACACACACACACAUACACACACACACACACACACACACGGAUCAGAUCCUGUUUCACAAAAGGAACCGUUCAAGAUGUUUUAGCAAUUUUUAUUGAAAACUAACAAUGUGUCCAUUUGAAAUUAAAUGACCAGGUCAACUUACUUGCAUGAGUAAACAAAAACAUUUCAAAUAUUCUAGCGACCAAUUGAACGCUUCUUUUCAAAUACAUCCAGGGAUUACUUUUUCCUCCACCAGUCUUCACUUAUGAUUUCCAUUUUGGUGGCCAAACAUAUAACAUGCUGGAGAUUGUUGGUAAGGCAGGCUUAACUGCUUUCCACUUUUCUCUCUGUUUUGCUGCUUGUGGAUGCAACUGUUCUUUACCUUGCCUGUUGUAGGCAAGCUACAGUGAGAUUGACUAGAGCAGAAUUCCAUACUUUCUCAGCUCAUGCUUUGUUUAUUGGAUUGUUUACUGCAGACAUACUGCUGCAACCUGACACAAGUCUGUCCUUUUUUGUAUGAACCAACACUUGCUCUGUUUUGCUUUUACAUAUUACUUUGUAUAUUUACUCUUUAUAUUUUUACAUAUCCCUGUGCUUUCUCUGGGCAUUAGUUGUUGAUAGAACUACAUUGGAAUUAUGCUAUUGCUCUACCCCCUUUAUUUAAAAAAAAUUAAAAUGAAAUGAAAAAAAUAUGCCAGAGAACAGUUAAUGGACGCCUACCACCUCCACCACUGAAAUAUGGUCCCCCAAAAUCUCCUUGAAAUUAAAUUGGCCCUUGAGGUGAAAGAGGCUGCCUAGUCUUGAUAUAGAGGCAUGUUUUAAAUAAGGGCAUUAUUGAUUCAUAUCUUUGUGCUACUGAUAUUACACUGUGUUAGCAAAACUUGUUUUGACCAAUGCAGGAAAGCAAAUAUUGUUGCUGCAUGUACACCAUCUGGGAAACAUUUGUGUGCCCUCUCUUUUUCUCUUUCUUUCUCUCUCUCAUACUGUUUCCAAGUCAUUUCAAAAUGACUUCCCCCCUCUAGCCUCAGUUAUUUGUUUGAUACAGCAAAGUGAGCAGUGUUGCGAGGAGAGUGGCUGUCGAUUGACAUGAUUUAUUUCACUUGCCAAGGCUUAUGGGGCUGUGUCAUUUUGACCUAUGUUGAAAUUGAGGUCACUCAAUGUCCAAUUCAAGCUGUCCCCAGAGUGACUAGCUGGUGUGAACUAAGAUGCAUGUGUUAAGUAUCAGCUCAACAGAAAUUACACAUAGGGUUUGUUGCACUACUAUAUAGUAUGUGACAUUAGGACUGGUGGGUCAAACUUUUGUCAGUCCAGGAAGACUUUAAUCUGGAUCUAGGUUAAUCCAAUGGAACACACCCAGGUCAAAGCCUGAUAUUCUUCAUGCCUUCUGGAGACAUUACCAAGCAUGCGUCCAUAAUAGCAUUGAAUACUUUAACUUCUCAUCUUCAUGAGCUGAGCCAUGAGCCAGGCCAUAUCCGAAUCACAUUAUCAACCAAAUGGAAAAUGGUCCUUGUGUAAACAUGUUCAACAUCCAUUGGCUGAAAUGCAUAGAGUGGCAAGAGUCACCUUUGAAAAUGUCACAGGAAAAGGUUAUCAACUCGACAGGGUACUGGAGCAGAAUAAGCUAAAGAUUUUUGCUUGACAGUCUGGAUUAACAAUUCCAUGCUGAUUUAAAAAAUGCUGGAGUGGAGGGAAGGGAAGGAAGGAAAGGAAAGGAUUCUGGCAGCCUUCUGUGUUGACCGCCCUGCUAGGUUUUCUGGAACAAUCUGGGGAGCAGUCCAUGUCUGUGUUCCCUUGUUAAGAAACAGAUACGACUUCUUCCUUUGGAUCAAUAUGAUGUGCUGCUUAGACUUGGUGUACAAAAGAUGCUAUUUCUUUAACUACUGUCUUGUCACAAAUUAGAAAACAUGGAGCAGGGUCUGAGUCAAGUUCGAAUGAGAAAUCUGUUGAUGUUUUCUGUUCCUUGACAGGGUUUCAGAUCUUGCUGUAGGGAGCUACCAGAGGAAGUCAAUAAUAGCUUGUCAAGAAAAAACUGGGAAUUGCUAAUAAAAUUAUUGGAGUCAAGGCCAGUGGCUAAUGUACCUAAAAGGAAAAACUUAAAAAAAAUAAGUGUGAAGCAAACAUAAAGCAUGCAGUGUGUAAAUUAAGAUAAUAGUCUAGCCUUGGUAAUCUAUCUUCUGCUAGACCACACACUUUUUAAUGGAUGCAAAUAUAUAUAUAUAUAUAGAGAGAGAGAGAGAGAGAGAGACUCCAGUUUACAGCCAACAGUUUUAAACAGCAGAUGCCGGAGCAAAGUCUCCAGUUACUACAGGCACGUUAUUUUUAGAACAAGCAGCACUGUGUUUACCAGGAGAGGAUUGGUUGUUAUCCUAAAUAAUUGAAGCCAAACUAAGGUUGACAAAAUAGUGUGGUUCAUUUUGAGUUAUGUGUGCUUCCUCAUUUCACUCAGUAGUCUCCCCCUUGGCACAUAACCUGUGCAGGGUUACUCAGAUGCUCCAUAGAGAAAUGCAUUUUACUCAGCAGUACUUAAAUUGGGAGAAAGCUUUUCUCCACGAAAAAAAGAACAGUAAGGCGAUGAAGGAAAUGAAGUGGUGUAGCAAAGACAGGAACAUCUGUGGAGAAUGUCUUGAUAAAGACACAUGGAGAAUAUCUUAAAAUUGCCAUCCCCAAAUAUUAAUUUUCAUAUACAUGCCCCGCCCUGAGCAAUGUGCUUUGUUUGGGUGUGUUUCUCUGGAAGAGUAGACCAUCUGUCAACAAAACAACCAUAUGAACAGCCUUUCUACAGUGCAGAAUUCAACAUGUGGUAAAUAUCUGCUGUAUUUAUACACACAACACUUCAGUUGCACUCCUAUUCACACUUACCCAAAACAAGCAAGCUGGUGGCAUUUGAUAAGGAUUGUACUGAUAACCAACUUUAAAAAAAAGGUAAUAGGACCAUGAGAAUUAGGAAGGUAGGAAACCAAAAGGUUUAGUUCUUGCACUCCUUUAAAGAAAAGUCAUUACACAAUACUGGUUUUAGGCCUCAGGCUUGGUCACAUUUAGGUACACUGCAUCCACACUGCAGAAAUAAUCCGGUUUGACGCCACUUUUAACUACCAUGGCUCAAUGGUAUGGAAUUCUGGGAAGUGUAGUUUGUUGUGCACUGGAGCAGAGUUCUGGUCCCGCAACAUAGUGCACUUCCCAUAGCACUGAGGCAUGGCCGUUAACGUGGUGGCAAUCUGGAUUAUUUCUGCAGUACAGAUGCAGUCUUUGAUUAAACAACUCUUUCUGGCUAACUCUACACUGAAUUUUGGCUUGUAUCUCAAAUAAAUAUAUGGCCAUCUUCAUGUAAUAUAUCUGGAAUUAUCUAAGUUGAAGAAGAAUCACCUCCCUGUGUUCAGAAUCUAUCUUGACUCAACUGAAUGAGGUCAUAUGGUAAGAUGCUUUGAUAUUUUUUUUAAAAUGAUUGAAGUGGUAUGAAUUAUUUUUAAAUAAAAAUGAUAUGAAAAUUUCUGAAUCUUUAAACAUCUCUCAAGACAAAUAAAAAUGGUUUGGUAUUGUUAUGAAAGAAUCCAACCCAGAUCUUGGAAAUCUAAGUUUGGGGAACUGCAGUUCCCUGGAUCCUUCAGUUAGUGUGACUGCUAGCUGGGGGAUUGUGGGAAUUGUAGUGCACAAAAAAGUUACUUUUCUAAGCUCUGAGCAUGCACACACUAGUCAUAUGCACAAAGGAUAGAUUUCUGAGGGUAUUCUCUCAGAGCAACCUGAGAGAACCUUCUGAGAGGAGCGCUCAGUUCCCCAGGUGUUCUUAGCUUUGGAAGAAGCCAUGGAGGGCAUAUUUGUAGUACUGGUAGAUGAUGCUCAGUGUUCUUCACAUCUUCCAGGUUAUAUUUAACCUGUUGGCAGUGUGGGCUCAAAACAGUGCCAGUUCCAGGGACCGUUUCCUUCCUAUCCUACUCUGAUGGGCAACAGUGCCAUGCCAAAAGUAGCAGAAGACAAACCCUUUUCUCCUUGAACACUGCACAUUCCCACCUAUGUAGUCUCUUUUGUCGACUUGAGCCUACUUAUUGUGGGCCUCAUCAUUAACUGCAACAUAUACUCAGGCUGUAGAUCUCUUUUGAUUCCAUCUUCUUCUUUAUUCCUCUUUUUUGUUAUGCCACAUUUACUUAUGUUCACCGUGUACAAUCUUCUUUUUAUUGCACAUUCCUUUCUGUUCCUCUUUAAAUGGUCUAGUCUAGCAUAAGAAGAAAAAAAGUGUUGUGCUUUGGGGUGAGGGGGAAGGAGCAUGUGAAAAUGGUUCAAGUUGCAAUUAUGGAGACCUAAAUAAGUAAGCCAGUAUGGAAAACAACUGAAAUAUUCUGCUUUUAUGUAUUCUUUCACAUGCGGUAAGAAUGUGUCAUGUUUCCAUGUAAAAGAGCAAGAUCCUAACUGUAUAAUUUCCAUAUGGACUUGGCUUUAUUAUACCUUGCAUUAAUGUAAAUAAAAAGCCUUACCUUUAUUUUGAAAAAAAUAUUGUCUUUUCAUUUGUAAUGCAGGUAUCUAAACUUGAAAUGUACAUUAAGUGUAUAGUGGUCAUAACAUCGUGCCUGUGAAUUGCUUCAAUCAUCACCAUCAUCUACCU